CUCAUUGUGAUCGUCCAGCUCUCUACAAGCGGACCUGUGGUUAAACUAGCCGGCGGAACGUCGAGUGACCCAUAAUGAAACCCAGGAGUAUACGCUGCAUGAAGUUUUUCCUUACCCUCUUUAAUAUAAUAUGCAUACUGUUCGGUCUGAUCUUAAUGGCUGUAUGCGUGAUGAACAUGCGAGAACACAAGUCGCGACCGGACCAGUCGGCGUUGUCGCGCGGCGUGCUGUCAUUCCUGCUGACCCUCGGGCUGUGCUUGGUGGUGACAGCGGUGCUUGGCUGCAUAGGAGCCCUGAGGGAACACGUCCGCAUACUCUAUGUGCACGCGUGCUUCUUCAUAUUCCUGGUCUCGAUAGAGGUGGUCGUGGGCGUGGGUGGGGCGGUGCUCAGUGCCUGGGUUGGAGGUGGGAGUGAGCUUCGAGGACAGUUCUUCAGGAACGUUACGGUUGAAGACGAGAUAUCGAGCCACAAGGCGUACUGGGAUCUGCUUCAAGCUGAGAACCAAUGUUGCGGCGUGGACGGCCCCCAGGACUACUUGAUCCUUCAGCGUGAGAUCCCGCCCUCUUGCUGCGCGCGCGCCUACGCUCUCCGCGAUGGUGGCGCCAGGCGGCAGAUCCAUGCAACCUGCUUGGCUGACAAGUCUUUCUACGAGCUCGGCUGCUACGAGGCGUUGCGCAGAAAGAAGUCUUUUAAGGGGAACAUUUUCAUAACUACGGGCGUCAUAUUCGCGUUGAUUGAGAUCCUGUGCAUUAUUCUGUCCUUGUGGAUGGCUAGAACCAUACGAGUGGAACGUCGGAAGUUGCAACAGAAUCUGCAGGCUCACUUUGAAAGUUAAUGAAAAGGAAAUAAUACAUUUCGCCAUCGCCGCCCAUCAAUCACCAAAUCAACGAUCAAACGUUGUAACGAAGUAUUACGUCCACGAAUUUAAUAUAUUAUAAGCGUAUUGAUGAAUGCAUGUGGUUGAUAUGCAAUUGGAUAUUUGACGAAAUGUUUGCGUAUCGUGUUUUUUUUCGUUCAAGGAUAUACUGGGUUAUAAUCUAAAAUACAGAGGCGGCUUUAUAGUCCAGUCUCCUUAAGGUUUCACCUCGGAAUUUGAGUUAAUAAGCUGCGAACAGCUUCAUUCACACUUCCCACUUAUUGUGGGUUUUUUUAAACAUUUUGGCGUUCUAAAAGUCGUAAAAGGUCAAGGGUCACGAAAAUCGGUGUUUUUCAAUUAUCUCCGUUUCUAUGGUUCCAAUCACUUCAAUACCUAUAAUAAAAAAUAAAGAUAAAAAAAAAAGAAUUGCCACAACUUUUGUCUCAAUUUUUUAUUUAUACGCUCAACCCUUUUUGUGAUAGAGGACGGAGAGUACCCAGCGCUCAGGCAUAUACACUUUCGACGACCUCCGUGGUUGAGUGGUUUGUAUGCCGGGUUUCAUGGUGUCGCCGA